AAUGAAUGUGGAACAUGAAAUUAGCCUCUUAGUUGAGGAGAUUCGGCGGUUGGGAACCAAAAAUGCUGAUGGACAAGUAAGCGUGAAAUUUGGUGUGCUCUUUGCUGAUGAAAAGUGUGCCAACCUCUUUGAAGCCCUAGUGGGAACUCUUAAGGCUGCAAAACGACGGAAGAUUGUCACUUAUCAAGGGGAGCUACUUUUACAAGGUGUUCAUGACAACGUUGAUAUCAUGCUACUGCAGGACUGAUGCAGUGUUUCAGCUAUGCAUUAAUAGAAUUGUUGGAGACAGUGACUUGCAACAUCCUCUGAAUAAGGCUGAUCAUUCUAAGGUGUUUUGAUGUAUUUUCUAUACCUUUAUAGUCAAAAGGAAACUGUCCUAUUUUGGAAAACAUUCCUUUUUGUAAUUCUUCCUAAAAUGGUAC